CCAAACGUUUGAUUCUAAACCCUCUUUCUGAAUCUAAUCGAAUGGCUGAGAAAGUCCCACACACACACAUCACAUAUAUUUGCCAUAUUAUCGUAGAAUUCUACACUGUUAUCGAAUGGCUGAGAAAGUCACAAACACAAGUCACAUGUUAUAAUCAUAUGCCUAUUUAUUUCUAACUACUUGUCCGACGUACUAUCACUCUACUUAACUUCGCUUAUACGCAUCAACAAAUACGUUUAUUUCUAAAUCAAUAUAGAAUUCUACACGAUGGAGAAGCAAGCAGCAGAACUCAUCUUCAUCCCUUUUCCGGUCACCGGACACCUUCUCGCCACCAUCGAACUCGUAAAAAUUAUCCUCAGCCACGACAGUCGUCGGAUCCACAGCAUCACCAUCCUCCACUGGGGUUUACCUUUCCUCCCUCAGUCGAACAACGACGCUUCCCUCCAGUCCCUAGCCAAGUCGGAGCCUCGCGUCCGUAUCGUCACCUUGCCCGAGCUCCAAAACCCUCCACCGAUGGAGUUCUUCCUAAGAGCUCCCGAAGCAUACAUUCUCGAAUUCAUCAAGAAAAUGGUUCCUUUGGUCAGACAAGCUGUCUCGACUGUCUUGUCUUCCUCUCGUGUCGCGGGAAUCGUCCUCGACAUGUUCUGCGUCCCUUUGAUGGAUGUCGGAAACGAGUUUCAGCUCCCUUCUUACAUUUUCCUCACUUGUAGCGCCGGUUUUUUGGGUUUGGCGAAACACAUCCCGGAGAGACACCGUCGAGUAAAGUCCGGAUUUGACCGGGGCUCCGGCGAAGAGGAGAAUCAAGUUCCUGGAUACGUCACUUCCGUACCCACCAAGGUUUUGCCACUUGGUCUGCUGACUAGCGAGUCCUACGACACUUGGGUCGACAUGACCAGAAGGUUUCAAGAAGCUAAGGGUAUUUUGGUAAACUCGUCUAUAUGUAUCGAGCCUAACGCCUUUGGUUAUUUCGAUCGUGUACCCACGAGUGAUUACCCACCCGUUUACCCAGUGGGCCCGAUUCUCUGCUUCAAGGACCGUCCGAUUUUGGACCCGUUGGAACGAGAUCGGGUCAUGGCGUGGCUCGACGAGCAGCCAGAGUCAUCGGUGGUGUUCCUCUGUUUCGGGAGCUUGAAGAGUCUCGCUGCGACUCAGGUUAAGGAGAUCGCUCAAGCUCUAGAGAUCGUCGGCUGCAGAUUUCUCUGGUCGAUUCGAACAGACCCGAAGGAGUACCCGACCCCUAGCGACAUUUUACCAGAUGGGUUUAUGAACCGGGUCUCGAAUCUGGGCUUUGUGUGUGGUUGGGCUCCUCAAGUUGAGAUUCUGGCCCAUAAAGCAAUCGGAGGAUUCUUGUCUCACUGCGGUUGGAACUCAAUACUUGAAAGUCUGCGUUUCGGGGUUCCAAUCGCCACAUGGCCGAUGUAUGCGGAACAGCAGUUAAAUGCGUUCACGAUGGUGAAGGAGCUUGGUUUGGCUGUGGAGAUGCGUUUGGAUUAUGUGUUGGCAGAUGGAGUAGUAGUGAAAGCUGAUGAAAUCGCUAGAGCCGUCCGAUCUUUAAUGGAGGGUGAGGAUGUGCCGAGGAGGAGACUGAAGGAGAUAGGAGAAGCAGCAAAAGAGGCUGUGAUGGAGGGUGGAUCUUCGUUUGUUGCGAUUGAAAGAUUCAUCGACGAGUUGAUAUCUGCUAUGGAUCGUUCCAAGUCCAGAGAAUACUAAAUUAUGCAUUUUCAAUCAUGACACCAAAUUUGGUGUAAUUUCAACACCAAAUUUGUUAUUUUGGUGUGUUGUUUUUGCCAUCUUCAACAAUAACACCAAAUUCUACACCAAAAAUAAUAAAUUAUAUUAUUUGAUGUU